AUGGAGAAGCUUUUACACAAAUGUUUACAUGUGAAUCGUUCAGAAAAUGGAUUGGACGAAGAAGAGAGUGUUUUUCAAACAUGCAAAAUAUUUGUAGGUUUAGAGAAUGAAAUAUCUGAAGUGAAUUGUAUAGAUAAUAAAAAUAAUGGAAAUGAUUUUUUAUGCGGUUUUGAUAAUUAUGCAAAAAAGAAUUGUGUAGAAGGUAUAUGGAUGGAUGAAUUGAAUGGAAGAAAAUCGGGAUAUAUGAAUUUAAAUGAAUAUUAUGAGAAUAAAUUUAAUACAUAUUUUAAUAUUGAAAGUAUAGAUUAUCCUUUAAAAUUUUAUAAAACUAUUUAUUUCAAUUUCUUUAGUUCUUUUAUUGAAAAUGAAGAUAGAGAAUAUAUUUUAAAUGAAAAUAUAAAUAUUCUAAAUAAUUUCUAUGAAAAUAUAAGAAAUCAGAAAUAUGUUUUAUUACAUAAUGUUCAUUCAAUUCCCCAUGAAAAGAAAAAAAUUAAUAGUAAUUAUAAAAAUGGUGAUGCACACAUGUGUAGUGAUAAUAUUAUAUCUAUAGCUGAUGGUGUAUCAUCUAUUAAAAAUAGUGGUAUUAAUGUAAGUAAUUUUUCGAAUGACAUUUUAAAAAAAUGUUUAAAUUUACAUUUAUAUAGAUGUAUAAACAAAUCAUUAUUUGAAUAUCAAAAUGAUGUUAUAUUUAAACAUUAUAAUUUGAAAUAUAAAAAUCCUGAAUUCCUUAAACCAAUUAUAUGCAGAAGUGCUUGUUCAUCUAAUUUUUUAGGUGCAUCUACACUUUUAUUUGCUUCAGUUGAAAAUGACAAAUUACAUAUAUGUACUAUUGGUGAUUGCCAAAUGUUGAUAAUCAAUUUGAAGGAACAUUAUUUCAAACAGAAAUUUUUUGAAAAAAUUCAUAUAAAAGUACAAACGUCCAAACAAAUGUUGUGCUUACAAAAAAGAGAAAGCAAUGUAACUACUAUAGUUGAUGAGGAAAAAGAAAAUUGUUCUAGUAAUAUAUAUAAACAAAUAUUGAAUUCAAAUCAAAAUAGUAUUAUUGAAAAAAAAAAUGAUAAUUAUAAACAAUCUUCUUCUUCAUUGAAUUUUGAUAUGUCCGAUAAAAAAAUGGAUAAGGAAAAUAUGAACUCUUGGGAUGACAUAAUAUAUGACAACUCAAAAUUAGAACUAUCAAAAAGUGAAUCAUCCAAGUGUAAGUCACCAAACGGGGAAUUGAACAAGGCAGAUUUGGACAAAUCAAAUUUGGACAAGUCAGAUUUGGACAAGGCAGAUAUGAACAAGUCAGAUUUGGACAAGUCAAAUUUGGACAAGUCAGAUUUGGACAAGUCAAAUUUGAACAAGACAAAUUCGAACAAGUCAGAUUUGGACAAGUCAAAUUUGGACAAGUCAAAUUUGACCAACUCUGAUUUAGCCAAAUCAGAAUUGACCAACUCCGAUUUGUCAAAACAAUCAUCGGUCCAAUCCAAAAUAUCAAUAUCGAAUAUUACCCCCUCUCAUAUCUUAUUAGAGGAUUCACGAAAUAUCAAUACAAACAGCGUGGGGAGUGACAAGACAUAUACGGACACUAAUAAAUCCUCAAUAAGUGACUUAUAUUUAAAAAGAAAUAAACUGUGUGAGAAUGUUCUUUAUAGUGAUAUAAAUGUCAAUAUGAGGGUUGAGGAAAGUGAGGAAACCAUUUUGUAUGUAGAAUAUGAGAUUAAUGAGGAUAUAUAUGAAAAAUUUCAAAAGUGCUUAUCUGAGUGUGAUUAUAAAAUAGGUGAUUUAUUAUUUAAUUUGAAGGAAGACAAUUUAUAUGAUUGUUCGAAUAUUAGAUCUGAUACUAUAAUAUCUCAUAAUUUUUCAGAUACUACAGAAAAUGAUACAUCAGAAAAUGAGAAGAACGAAAAAAAGUACAUAUCAGGAAUGACAAAUACAUUAGAUAAUGAAACAGGCUAUCGGAAUUUGUUGAAUUUUUUUCAAAUAGAUAGAAAUUCUAUUUUGAAAAGAAAAAAAAAUAAAUAUGAUGAAAUUUGGAGUAAUAAGGUAAAUCUCUCUUAUGAUUGGAUGAAUGAUAUUGACAAUAAGGAAUCAAAUAAAUUACAGGAGGAUAAAACAGAAUUGAAUAAUAAUACCAAUGGUAACAACAACAAUAAUAAUAAUAAUAAUAAUAAUAAUAAUAAUAAUAAUAAUAGUAACAAUAAUUAUAAUAAUAGUAACAAUAAUUAUAAUAAUAGUAACAAUAAUUAUAAUAAUAGUAACAAUAAUUAUAAUAAUAGUAACAAUAAUUAUAAUAAUAGUAACAAUAAUAAUAAUUAUUAUUAUAAUAGUUGUAAGAAAAAAAACACCUUUAAUCAUUAUCGUUAUAGACAUGAUUAUGAAGAAGAAUGCCCAUUCGAUAUUAUUCAUAAAUCUAAAAUCCAACAACAUUAUUUUAAUUGUCCUUAUCAAAUUACAUUUAUGCCUUCUAAUUUUAGUAAUGAUAAUAUGAAGAACGAGAAGAGUAAUAAUUCGUUUAAUAGUACUAUUAAUAUGAAUAAAUAUAAUGAUAUAAUAACAAAAUGUUUAAGAUAUUGUGAUUAUUCAACUAUCGACUUAAAAAACAAUUAUAUUAUUAUAAGUGGAAGUGAUGGUUUAUUCGAUAAUUUAUAUGAUGAUGAUAUUAUGAAAAUCAUUUUUAAUCAUUUUUAUAUCUUAAAAGAUAAAAAAUUUAUCAAAUUAAAAGAAUUCAUCAAAUUUAACGAAGAAUUUAAAAAGGCCAUUAGUUGGAUAUACAAAACUAUAUCUAAUAGUAGAGAUAAAGAUGAUACAUAUAAGGAGGAUAUAUAUUUUUCAAAACAAUCCAAUGAUGUUUAUAAUAAAAAUUUAAUAAAAAAGAAGGAUACUGAAGAAAUAGAUAGAAAUGAAUUCAAUAGAGAUCUUACCAAAUCUGGGAAUUCCAUAAGUGAUUAUGAAAAGGAAAAAGGUAUAUGUAUUCAUGCAUGUCACGAUCAAAACGUAUGUAAUAAUGAUAAUAAUAUAAAUUGUGAUAAUUUAAAAAAAUGUGACAAACAUCAUAUGAAUGAAAAUAAUAAUGAAAUUAUAAAAAAGAAAGGAAGUAAUUUAUUUUUGAAUAAAUUUUAUUCCAAGGGAAGUUUUAAUUCAACCAUGAGCAAAUUUAAUUUCGUUCCAAAAAUAAAAAAAAUAUUUUCAUUCAAAGAAAAAUAUAAAUGUGAUAUAAAGGACGAAGACAAAUUGAAUCCUUCUUUUAGCUAUUCAUCAAAUGUUACAUUGAAUAAUACAUAUGAAAAGCAGAAAGAAGAUAGUCAACAUUGUAAUUCCAUGUGUGAUCAUAAAGAUUUAAAAAAAAUGAAUAUUCCGAAUUUUGAAAGUGCUGAUACAAUGAAAACAGAUGAAUCUUUACACGUUGUAAGAAAUGAUAUACGAAAUAUGAAGUAUGAUAAAAAUUAUAAUAAGAAUAAUGAUAUGUUAAAUCAACAAAAUACCUUUGAUGUUAUAUCUAAAACAUAUGAUAUAAAAAAUGAUUUUUCGAUUGAUAUAGAAUUGAACAACAUAAGAUAUAAUAAAAAAAAGAGAACAUUUAUUAUUGAAAAAAAAAUAGAAGCUCAAAACGUUUUAUGUAACUCAUCGAAUUUAAUAUUAUUUGAUGAAAACUUGAAUAUAUAUUUAAAUACCAAAAAAGCAUGUGACGAAAUUAUAGAGUUAUCUUCCAUUUUGUCUAACCAACAGGUUAACUAUUCUUUAUUAAAAAAAAGAAGAAAAAAAUAUAAUAACGAUAAGGAAAAUAAAAAAAAUAAAAAGAAAAGUUUUACUACAAGUCUAUUUUCAAAUAUUCAAGAAAAGGAAAAAUAUUUAUUUGAUAAUAUAAACUAUGAUGAUAUACAAUCUAAUAAAUCAAAUGAUAAAAUUAUUUUAACACCUAUAUCUGAAUUUAUUUUUGAUAAAUAUAAAAAAUAUUUUAAUAUGGGUAAGCCUGAUGAUACUACCGUUAUUGUAUCUAUUGUAAAGGAAAAUAAAUAUAUUUAA